AACGUUCAGUACACCCUAAGCCAUCGUCGCGGUUGGAAGGUCUCUCGCAUCUACACUCACGCACGUGUGCAUAUACACGCAGCAUAGAGAGAGAGGGAGACAGACAGACAGCAGACAGAGACACAGAAAGAGAGAGAGAAAGAGAGAGAGAGAGAGAUAGAUCGGACUGAAUAUUUUUACCACGACCUGUCGCCAUCAUCAUUAUCAUCAUCAUCAUCAUCAACAUCAACAUCAUCAUCAGCAUCGUCGUCGGUGUGAAGCUUCAAAUCCAGACUGCGUGCACGUAACAGUGUCGUGGGACAAAAGUGGAGGGUGGUGUGUUUACUGUGGUGACGGCGAGGGUAUUAUCUUGACAGAACUGAAACUGGUCAGGUCAGUAACACGGGAUGCGACUAAAGCCUUGCCUCGCAGCCUUCUAUUUCCUGUUGCUUUCGAUCGUCUCGAGCUAUAUAUCGCCUACACUCGGUUCUGAUAUACUUCGUUACAAGCGCUCGAGGCAUCGUUACUUUACGGCAAAAGAUGACGACGGCGCGUCGACCAGCACAGGAGAAGCUUUGUUCACAACUCCAGCUUCGAUAGAUGAUGCAUCCAUAGACUCGGGGAACUGGCACGUCCACGAGAAUGGCAAUCCGUGCCUGGAGAAGUAUUGCGGCGCGGGCAAAGAGUGCCAGGUUACGGCGUACGGCGGGACCGUCGAGGCCGUGUGCGUUUGCGUUCGGAGAUGCGCGCGGAAGCAUCGACCGGUCUGUGCCAGCAACGGCAGGGUGUACGCCAAUCACUGCGAGCUGCAUCGCACGGCCUGCAACACCGGCACGUCGUUGACCACGCGGAGGCUCUCCAGAUGCCUGAGCAAUGGUAAUUACAGCGCUCAGGCGCGAAAGGACUUCUUCGCGUAUCAUGCCCCGUCCAAAGGCAAGAACAUCUCAUAUGCCAAGUCCAAAAAUAAGAUGAAGCAUCAUCCGGCGGGCAAAUCGAUUCCGCGGAAAGACGGCCACGGUACGGAAGAGUGUUGCGCGCAGGAAUACGAAAUUAUGAAAGACAACUUGCUUCUCUAUAGUCAUGCCAGAUUAAUGGCCGAGGACAAUCACAGCAAGGAAUACUUGGUCAGCAUCAUGUUUUCUCACUAUGACAGAAACAACGACGGCAAUUUGGAGCGGGAGGAGCUCGAGCAGAUCGCCGAGGAAGAAAAUAUGGAGGAACUGAGCGCGGGAUGUAACUUGAGCCAUAUGAUUAGUUACGACGACACCGACGGUGACGGCAGAUUAAACGUUAACGAGUUCUACAUGGCCUUCAGCAAGCUUUACAGUGUGUCGGUGGUAUCGCUGGAUAAAUCCCUGGAGGUAAAUCACAUAUCCGCGCGAAUCGGGGACAACGUGGAGAUUAAGUGUGACGUUACCGGAACACCGCCGCCACCCUUGGUCUGGCGUCGUUACGGCACCGACGUGGAGACCCUGAGCGAGCCGGAGAUUCGCGUCUUCAACGACGGCAGUCUGUAUCUGACGAACGUGCAACUGGAACACGCCGGCAAUUACACGUGCCACGCUCUCAGCAACCAAGACGUGGUGCAGACUCACAUGCUCACUGUGUACACCAUACCCGAGGUCCAAGUGACACCGCAGUUCCAGUCGAAACGGCCGAAGAGGACGGCGAAGAUGAGGUGCCACGUAGUAGGCGAGCCUCUCCCGCGUGUACGAUGGCUGAAGAAUGACAAACCCCUUAGCGAGGAGCCGCCGGACAAGUAUGAAGUGGUAGGGAACGGCACCAAGUUGCUGAUCAGAAAAGUCGAUUACGCCGACACUGGUGCCUACAUGUGCGAAGCGGUCAGUGCUGGAGGACUAACGAGGGACAUUAGCAGCUUGGUGAUCCAAGAACAACCUACACCUAUCGCAACGGAAGAGGAACGUAGAUUUUUCUCCUUCCACGAGUGGGGUAUCUUGGUGUACGAGCCUUCCAUGUGUCACGCGUUACACGAAAUCCGAUCCACGGACAUCAUACCUGGUACCCAGGAAUACGUCUGUGGGCCAAAAAAUGUCCCAUGUUCUUGGGGACGUGCCAUAAAUAUCGCCAAUCGAUACGUAUACGUCAGCCAACCGGAUAAAGAUCGCGUGCUGGUAAUCAGCGAGGUGCAAAUGAUGAUAAUCGAUGUGGUGGCUACGGACAAGAAUCCCGUGGAUCUGUGGUAUGUGCAAAAUCUCGACUACGUCUGGAUAUUAAACUGGAGGAGCGAGAUGGAUGUCGGUAUCAAAACCGUACAAGUGAUCAAGGAAGCUGCCCAACGAAAGAAACACCAUACAGUGCGACCUGAGCCAAUCGAUGCACAGUUUGAUCUCGUGAAAGGCCUAUAUAUUCCGCAACAACGUGAUACGAAACACACAUUCAAGUAUGGUUACGUGAGUCAUACGAAUCAACGUGGAAUGUACAAACUCGACCUAGCUAAUAUGAGAUACACGCGCACCGUGAACUUGGCCGACUACAACUGCGUACCAGUGAGCGUAGAAUUUUCCGAUCUGUACGGCUUUGUGGUACUAGAAUGCGAGGAGCCGAUCACUGGACAUCCGACUGGUCAAGUGCUAUUGGACUAUCUCACUGACAGUGUUCUCGCUCAUAAACCGAACAUCUUGGGGAAACCAGCAGUUUCACCUGAUUCCAGAUAUCUGGUUACUCUCGACAAGCAGGACACUGGUGUCACUCUUGUAGUGCAGGAGAUACUACCGAGCGGACUAAAAUUCGCAUUCGACGUGAAAACAACGUUAAAUAUCAGCGAUAUUGCUUUCUAUCCGUCGCAGACAACGCAUAGUUACGAUAUAUACGCCUCGUCGAUGGAUAAAGAAGAUAUCCUUUUUUUGGAUUUAACCACUGGCAAAGUGGAAAUGAUAACGGGCGUGGGAAAGGCAACACCACCACACCUCACCAAGUGGGGUAACCCAAAUAGACCGAUAAUACAAAGCGGUAUAUUCGGUCGAUAUAUGGUAAGCCCCUCCAACCAGGCACUCUUUGUUCUUAACGGGGAAACCCGUACGGUGAAUUGCGAGAUUGGUGGCCUUAUACAUCCCGGCGCGAUUGUCUGGUUCACAGUUUCGCUACGUUAA